CCCGCAGCCCAUACAUAUAACUGCCAACGCAAUACAAUAAAAAAAUUAUUUUUCUGUACCCUAACUGGCCAUCGGCAGGCUCAGACAAAGAGGUACUUAGAGUCAUGAUAUCCUGCAAGUCUAUUUUCCCAUUCUAUAGAGAGGUCCAUACAUAUUUUUGCUCUUUCAUUCUUUUACAUUUUUUAAGGAAGCAAGUGCUCUGUCUGUAGUACAAAGAUUCUCCUUCCACUGAAGGUCUCGACUUAUUCAAGGUAGUGGCAUUGAACGCCCUUUUUCUUAAAUAUGGUUAGCAACUAAACUCCUCUGCCCAUUGUGCUUUACUUCUGCUCUGGAGAAGAGAUCCCUGUCGUGGGUAUUGGUAGAAAUAUAUUCCAACAAAUUCGGCCGUCUUUUAGAUGAGAUUUAAUAGCAAUGGACAGGGAUAAAAUCCUUGAAUUCGAGAAGGCCUACAAAUCAAUCUGUAAAAAGCUGGAAAUAUUAAGAUCAAUCUAUAUCUCUAAUCAAAAUGUCAGCCUUGUAGGAAGUUCUGAAAAUAAAGCACAUCCAAGUAGGAGCUGUAAACCUCCAACAGACACAGAAACAAUUGGCGUUUCGCAUGCAGAUACUGUUUCUCCAGCAGAAAAUUCAGGUGGAGAACAAAAAAAUAUUGGGUGCUCUGUCAAUGCCAAGGAAUCAAUAGCACACCAUUCGAAUGAUUCUGCUGAAAAUGUUGUAGUGAGAGUACAUCAUGUACAGGAUGAAACAUUAGAAAAGGAGAGUUCGCCGAGAUUGAAUAAGGGCAUAAAAUCACCUCAAUCUAUGGGAUUUCUUAAGGAGCAAGCGCAGAAAUGGGUAGAAGAACAGAUUAUUGACGUAUUUGAAGAGCAUUCAGGGGAAACAGGAAAACAAUGCACUAUGUCCUCAUUUAACAAUAUGAGUGGUAUUGUAGAGCAUUUAAGACAGAUUUUACAAGAAAGAGUGGACCAAAUUGAAGGGAAGACCAAAAGAGUUGCUGAAUUAAAAGAAUUAUUGUCUAAAGAAAAACAUCUUGUGGAUUCUAUGCGCGGGGUGCCCGAUUCUCUGCAAGGUUUACUAAAUCAAGCUUUCAGUACGGCUGAAAAUGGCAUCUUCAUGUGCAGCCAAUGCCAGUUUGUAGCAGAGAAGGUUAAAGAACUAGACGUCCAUGCAAAAUUGGAUCCUGGUCCUUCAAGUUGCCAGUUUACAGCGGAAGAUGAAUUGGAAAUUCGUUGCAAUGUCAAUAAUCUUCAGAAUAAAAAAAGUUCUAGUGUCACCUCAAUGCAUUGCUUACGAGACGAAGAUGGUAAAAAUGAUACUUCAUUGAUUCCACUAGUUCAAGACACUAGUAAUGUGGCAUGCCAACUUUCUUCCACAGUUGUCAAUGAAACGCACAAAACGCAGCAUGGAAAUGUCAUGGACAUUGAAGAUUCAAAACUAAGUAAUUUAAUUGAGAGAAGAGUGGAGCCAGAACUUGAUGGUAGUGCCAUGACUUGCGCAGUCCCUCCUUUGAAACGAAAACUAAUAGAUGAUGAUUGUUCCAAUGAAUCUGGAUCCCAAAAGGCACCCAGAUUCAUAGUGCAUGCAUCCAAAUUGCAAUGUGCAAAUCAUAGUAAAGGGUGCUCUUCGACUAUGUCCUCUGAAAAUUGCUAUACAAGGCAUUCUCAUCACGACAUUGUCAGUAUGUCAGAUUUAGCCCCUGAUCAUGAUAACUGUGAGCAGAGGGACCAUUCAAUGCUUAAAGAAACUAGUUUUAAACUUGCUCUAGAAGAAGAUCUUGAUGAUGAUGUCGAGUAGCUUUUCGAAAGUGCAAUCCAUGCACCUUUUUUCUCAGAGAUAAUCUGCUAAUAAGAUGCCUUUAUUGAUGGAUAAGAUUGAUAAAGUGGCAACUCGUGGAUAACAUCUGAUGGAUUGAUCUUUUCAGCAUUAAUAAAAUAGACAGGAAUAAUCAUGUUCAAAAGUAAACUGUAUAACAUUGUUAACUAAACCAGCAUGAAAAUUAUUAUAUGGAUCUCCAUGUGACAUCAUGUAGAUAUAAAUUGAUUCACUCAAUACCCUCAUUCAUAUAAUUUUUUAUC